GUGGCUUGAACAGGUGUGUGAUGGACCUGCGGCGUUUCAUCUUCUGCGCGGCGGUGUUUGUGUUACUGACAGGUGCUGACGGGGGCUGCGGCAGCAAUCAGUGGCAGUGUGAUGAUGGAGUGUGUGUGUCACACAGAUGGCGCUGUGACGGUGUCAGUGACUGCCAGGAUGGGUCUGAUGAGAUGGACUGCAUAUGUCAGCCUGGAGACUUGGAGUGUGCGGAUGGCUCCGGGUGUGUGAUUGUGUCUGAUGUUUGUGACGGGCGUCCCCAGUGUCCCGAUGCUUCAGAUGAGUGGGACUGCAGCAGGCGUUUGGGGUGUCUGUCAGGUGACUGGAAGUGCAGGAACAACAUCUGCAUCCCACAAAAUCUUCUCUGCAAUGACGUCAAUGACUGCGGUGACAACUCUGAUGAAGAAUCCUGUGGUUCCUGUGGGAAGAUGAGCAUCCGCUGUCCUGAUGGCACAUGUCUAACCUCCAGACAGAGAUGUGAUGGAGUUGCUCAAUGCUCGGAUAAGAGAGAUGAGCCACUAACAUGUGGUAAAAGUUGUCAUUAUGGCAAUGGCGGCUGUAGUCAUACUUGCAUUGACCAGCUUUGGGGAGCUUUGUGCACUUGUCCCACUGGAAUGACCCUUUCUGCAAAUGGACUUGAUUGUGAAGAUGUCAAUGAGUGUGCCCAGUCUUUUGGACCUUGUAUGCACUUGUGCACAAACACACCCGGGUCUUUUCGGUGUCUGUGCCAGAAUGGUUUCAAAGCUCUUGACAAUGGCUCUUGCGAAGCUCAAGGAGUCGUGACCAAGAUCUUGACCUCCAGGAAGGGGUUGAUUGGUUUAGUGAACGUGAAGACCAGAGUCUACGAGCCGCUCUUUAAAAGCGAGAGUGACCCCAUAGCCAUGACCUAUGAUAUCCAGAGAAACUUCAUCUACUGGGCUGAUAAAGAUGGGAAUAUCUACAAGGCUUUUAAACGGAGGAGCGCAAUUCUUUAUUCAGGGCAGUCUGGUUUGCACAGUCUAGCCGUCGACUGGUUUACUGGACAGCUGUACUGGACGAGUGUUACCCAGAAAGCCGUCCUCACCGGUGCAGCUGAUGGCAGUGCUGUAGGCACGGUCCUGUCCAAAGAAAUGGACCCGACAGAGAUGGUCCUCAGCCCGACUGAGAGUUUCAUAUUUUGGAUUAAUAAAGAAGCGACUGAAGAGCUGACCAUCGAGAGGGCGGAGCUGGACGGUUUGAACCGGACUACACUGGUUUUCAUUACUGCGCAGCUCCCGAGGAGUCUCACGAUGGAUGUGGCGGCGCGCCGGCUGUAUUGGAUCAGUGUUUACAAAGCGGCGAUUGAGAGCAUCAGGACGGACGGCACGGGACGGCACACCUUCUGGGGUUUCUUUCAAGGCCGUCCUGCUCAGACCCUGGCCGUGUUUAACGGCUGGUUUUACUGGGCCGAUGAGAAAAAACUCUCGCAGGCUUCUCAAAGUAUGCCUGCUGACACACAAAAUGGUUUCAUCUUAAAAGCCUCGCUUCCUUUCUUGAACAUCUACCAUGUUCUUCAGCAACCCCGAGGUUUUGCUACGUGUAAAGACUCGGGCUGCCGGCUGUGUUUGCCCUCCAAGAAAACUCCUGCCGGGUUCACCUGUCUGUGUCCUGAAGGAGCGCUGCCCAUGUCUUGGGGAUCUUGUGAAAAUUUUAAGGUCGCCUAUGCCACAGCCACGGCUAUUUACAGUUUGGAGUUCGCAGGAAAGAUUCCUGUGAAAACUGAACUCUUUACUUCAGAUGAAGACAUCCAGUCCUUUGACAUGUACUGGCGGAGAGGAUGUGUGGUGUGGUCUAAUGGGACGGGCCACGUGAAGACGAACAUACAGUCUCAGGACUUAUCGGACUACAUCCUGACAUUAAAACCCGCCUGCCUCGUCAGAGUUGACCAGAGGACUGGGAAUCUGUAUUGGCUGGCCUGCGAUGAACUUUCCAUUGGCGUUUCUACCAUUGGCCCUCUCGACAGGAGUAUCUCCAGACAGCUGUAUCAAGCCAGAACCGCAAUCCUUGACCUCUUUGUGGACUGGCAGAGAGGACAGCUGUACUGGCUGGAGGGAGGUCAGAUCAUGAGGAUGAAACUGGGUCUGAUUGGUGGAAAUGCAGAAGCUAUCUUCAGCUUUGAGGAGGAUGGGGUCAAAGCCGUUGUGUUUGACCGUAAAGCGAAUGGCUUCCUUUGGAGCGUGGAGUCUUACUUGCAGGUUAUGAGUCUCCUGAAGAUGAGAAGGUACUCCGCUGGUAAAGACUGGGUCGUUCCUGGCUCCCUCAUGGCUGCUUAUGAACCCUACACGGUGACCUUGUUCAAUAACAUCCUGACCGUGUGGAAUCGCAGAGAUGGAGCUCGCGUCUCAGGGGUGGCGGUAGAGAAUGGGGUUAUUAGCUUAUCUGUAGCCCUCAGGGAAGUCCAACAAGAUACAACAACUGAAGAUGUGCGUCCUACUGAGGUGACUUGCCAAAGUCCCCAAGUCUCUUGUGAAGGAUCAGCCGUGUGUAUCAGCCGAUCUCAGCACUGUGAUGGGAACAGAGACUGUCCGGACGGAUCUGAUGAGGCCUCGUGUGUGCACACGUGUGCGAAGACAGAUGACUUCCUGUGUAAGGACAGGAGGAAGUGUGUGGCGAGGGAUCUGGUGUGUGACGGCCGCUCUCACUGCACUGACGGCUCAGAUGAGACGGGAUGUCCCACCACUGCUCCUGAAACCGUCUCCACAUCAUUAAAGUGUCGUGUGGGCUCUAAACCCUGUGAGGACUGCCGUGAGUGUGUGCUGUACAGUCAUGUGUGUGAUGGAGAGAUGGACUGUAAAGAUGGAUCUGAUGAACGCGGCUGUGAAUAUCGGUGUAAAGCAGAUCAGUUCCAGUGCGCUCAUGGGAGGAUGUGUAUCGACAGAAAGCAGGUGUGUGACGGCACACCUCAGUGUCAGGAUCGCUCUGAUGAACUGGACUGUUUCAGUCGCUCACACGAAUGCAGACAUCAGUGUGAUGAUAAAACUCGCUGCAUCCCAGAGAGCUUCCUCUGUGACGGAGAGAAAGACUGUGUGGACGCCACCGAUGAACACAACUGCUCUGAGAUUAAAAGAGGGCAUAUCAAUAUGUUGACGCUGGACAAAGACAAGUCAGGUUUGCAGCCUCCGGCUCCAGUCUGUAGAAGUCCAUCCGUGAUGUGUCCGGGAACAUCACUGUGCAUUUCCCAGAUCCGGCUGUGCGAUGGGAAGAAGGACUGCCCGGAUGGUUCUGAUGAAGUUUCAUGUGUAGACGCUUGUUCAAAACCUGGUGACUUCCUGUGUAAGGACCGAAGGAAGUGUGUUGAUGGGAGUCUGGUGUGUGACGGCCGCUCUCACUGCGAUGAUGGCUCUGAUGAGGAGGCUUGUAACAUGGCGGCUCGAACCUCAACCACGGCGCUAUUAAAGUGUCGCAAGGGCUCCAAACCCUGUGAGGACGGCCGUGAGUGUGUGCUGCUCAGUCAUGUGUGUGAUGGAGAGAUGGACUGUGCAGAUGGAUCAGAUGAACACGGCUGCGGUCGUCAGUGCCAGCCCGGGCAGUUCCAGUGCACUUCUGGAGCGAGGUGUGUUGAACUCAAUCAGGUGUGUGAUGGCACUCCUCAGUGUCUGGAUAAGUCUGAUGAAGCAGGAUGCUGGAAACCCUCAAGGAGCUGCAGCAUGCGCUGUGACCGGGACAAUCACUGUAUUCCUGAAGUCCUCAUCUGCAAUGGGAUUCGGGACUGUCGAGAUGGCACAGAUGAAGCCGACUGUGCUGUAUCCAGACCGGCUCAGACCAGCUGUGAGAGUCCCUCUGUCCUGUGUCCGGGAACAUCAGGGUGUGUGUCUCAGGCUCAGCUGUGUGACGGCACAAGAGACUGCCCCGAUGGAUCUGAUGAAGCUUCAUGUAUCGAUUCAUGUGCUGCUCCAGGUGACUUCCUGUGUAAGGACAGGAGGAAGUGCAUUAAUGGAGCUGUGGUGUGUGACGGCCGCUCUCACUGUGCUGAUGGUUCAGAUGAGCUGGGAUGUCCUGGAAUAGCCACUGAAACCACAACCGCAGCCUCCUUCAAGUGUCGUGUGGGCUCUAAACCCUGUGAGGAUGGCCGUGAGUGUGUGCUGUACAGUAAUGUGUGUGAUGGAGAGAUGGACUGUAAGGACGGAUCUGAUGAAGAACAAUGUGAACUUCAGUGCAGUCCAGGGAUGUUUCAGUGUAUUCAGGGGAAGAAAUGUAUUGACAUCCGGCAGGUGUGUGAUGGGACUCCUCAGUGUCCGGAUCAAUCGGAUGAAGCGGGAUGCUGGAAACCCACCAAGAGCUGCAGCAUCCGCUGCGAUGGGAACAGCCGCUGUGUCCCAGAGGUCUUCGUCUGUAACGGGAUGAGGGACUGCUGGGAUGGCUCCGAUGAAGCCGACUGUGCCAUGCCUACUCCACCAUCACCGUGUAAAAUCCCUUACGUGGCUUGUCAAGGGACGUCUCUGUGUAUCCUGCAGCGCUAUCUGUGCGACGGGAGAAAAGACUGUCCUGAUGGAUCCGAUGAGAGACCGUGUCUUCGCAACUGCCCAUACCGCAGUGAUUUCAUGUGUAAAGACAGGACGAAGUGUAUUGAGAGGAAUCUGGUGUGUGACGGCCGCUCUCACUGCACUGACGGCUCAGAUGAGACGGGAUGUCCCACAGCAGAGACCACAUCCUCAACCAAGUGUCGUGUGGGGUCUAAACCCUGUGAGGACGGCCGUGAGUGUGUGCUGUACAGUCAUGUGUGUGAUGGAGAGAUGGACUGUAAAGAUGGAUCUGAUGAACACGACUGUGAAUAUCAGUGUAAAGCAGGAGAGUUUCAGUGUGCCCAUGGGAGAAAAUGCAUAGACUCAAAACUAGUGUGCGACGGCAAACCGCAAUGUCAGGAUUUUUCUGACGAGAGCGACUGCUUCAUACGCAGCAAGAGCUGCAGCCACCGCUGUGAUAAUAAAACCCGCUGCAUCCCAGAAAACUUCCUGUGUGACGGAGAGAGAGACUGCGUGGACGGCACCGAUGAAUCUGACUGCGGGUACCCCACAAAGGUGGUGAAGUGUGAGAGUCCUGCGGUGCUGUGUCGUGACGGGGCGCUGUGCAUCCCUCACACCAGUCUCUGUGAUGGGAAGAGAGACUGUCCUGAUGGAUCUGAUGAAACCAUCUGCUUUGACCGAUGUCCAAACUCAGGUGACUUCCUGUGUAAGGACAGGAGGAAGUGUGUGGCGAGGGAUCUGGUGUGUGACGGCCGCUCUCACUGCACUGACGGCUCAGAUGAGACGGGAUGUCCCACCACUGCUCCUGAAACCGUCUCCACACCAUUAAAGUGUCGUGUGGGCUCUAAACCCUGUGAGGACGGCCGUGAGUGUGUGCUGUACAGUCAUGUGUGUGAUGGAGAGAUGGACUGUAAAGAUGGAUCUGAUGAACGCGGCUGUGAAUAUCGGUGUAAAGCAGAUCAGUUCCAGUGCGCUCAUGGGAGGAUGUGUAUCGACAGAAAGCAGGUGUGUGACGGCACACCUCAGUGUCAGGAUCGCUCUGAUGAACUGGACUGUUUCAGUCGCUCACACGAAUGCAGACAUCAGUGUGAUGAUAAAACUCGCUGCAUCCCAGAGAGCUUCCUCUGUGACGGAGAGAAAGACUGCGUGGACGCCACCGAUGAACACAACUGUGCUCCCAUUACUGGCCCAUCCGUCACUGAGCAGCCAGCUUGCAUUAGCCCUUCUGUAUUUUGUCAUGAAACCUCAAAAUGCAUCUCACAGUCCCAGCUGUGUGAUGGAAAGACGGACUGUCCCAGUGGAGCCGAUGAGCGGUUUUGCAUAUCUUUAUGUCCAGAUCCAGGCCAGUUUCUGUGCGAGGACAGACGGAAGUGUGUUGAGAGCUCUCUGGUGUGUGACGGUCACCCACACUGCGCUGACGGCUCGGAUGAGAAACAGUGCCCCGUCUGUGCCAUGCUUUGCGACCAGAAGAGCGUGUGCCUGACGAGUCAGCAGAUCUGUGACCGAAAACCAGACUGUAGAGACGGUUCAGAUGAGAAAAACUGCGACACUGGUCUUAUGGAUGCAAGUGCUCCGUUACCUCUGAAAUGUCCCUUGGGAUCCAAACCUUGUAGGGAUGGGAAAGAGUGUGUCCUGUACAGCCAUGUGUGUGACGGGGAGAAAGACUGCAAAGACGGAUCUGAUGAGAGGAACUGUGAGCGGAAAUGUAAAAAAGGCCAGUUCCAGUGCGCUCAUGGCAGGAAGUGUAUAGACAUGGAGCUUGUGUGUGACGGCACACCUCAGUGUCAGGACCGAUCCGAUGAAAUCAACUGCAUGAAGCUUUCAGAGGAGUGCAGGCACCCGUGUGACAAUAAGAGCCGCUGCGUUCCUGAGACCUUCCUCUGUGACGGAGAGAGAGACUGUGCGGAUGGCACUGAUGAAGACAACUGUGUUGUAGAGCCCUGUUCUGGAGAGCGGUUCCAGUGCAGUAGCGGUCAGUGUGUGGCUCUGGCUCUCCGCUGUGAUGGGUACACUGACUGUCGGGAUCACUCGGAUGAGAAGGGCUGUCCUCGGCCUCCACACUGUCCUGUGGAGCAGCGCUGCCCCCACACACACGAGUGUCUGCUGAAAGAAUGGCUCUGUGAUGGAGACCAGGACUGCAGUGAUGGGUCUGAUGAGAGGAACUGCGAGGUGACUGCACUGAAGUGUGGAGAGUUCCAGUGGUCGUGUGCAUCUAAAACUCAAUGCAUUGUGAUGACAUGGAGGUGUGACGGCGUAAAGGACUGCAAAGAUGAGAGCGAUGAAUCUGGAUGUGGUCAAGUGAAAUGCCCCACACACUUGUUCCAGUGUGGAAGUGGGGAGUGUGUGGAGCCAGAUCUGGUGUGCAGCGGGGCGUCUGACUGUGCAGAUGUCUCUGAUGAGGGUGUGGGGUGUCUGAAGAACAACUGCUCCAGUCCCAGCCGCCCAUCAUGCCAUCACUACUGCAUCAACACUCCACACGGAGCGAGAUGUGGCUGUAAGUCUGGCUUCAGGCUUCAGUCUGACGGUUUAACCUGCAAGGACUUAGAUGAAUGUAAAGAGAUUCAGCCCGCUGCCUGCAGUCACAAGUGCCUCAACACGCCGGGCUCCUACCUGUGUCAAUGCCACCCUGAGUUUAUACUGGAGCCGGAUGGGCGCAGCUGCAAGACCGCAGAGGAACCCAGUCUUUUGGUCUCUGAACAGAACGAGCUGUUAAAAUUGGGUCUGCGGAGCGGCAGCAUUCAGGCCCUCACUACACCGGGACGCAAGCCCAUCUUCUCUCUGGACUACGACCUGAAAGAGCAGAGGGUGUACUGGGUCAGUCUGGAGGAAGAGAGCAUCAAAUAUGCCUUCCACGGAGAAAAGGAUAACAUUCAAACUAUCAUCAAAGGUGUGAAGUCGGACUCCAUAGCUAUCGACUGGAUGGGGAGGAACCUUUACUGGGUGGAUGGUGUUGCUGGGCAGAUUCUAGCUGUGAGAUUGACCAAUAGUCUUGUAGAGCCCCAAAACUACAUCGUGGUUGUGGAACAGGAUUUGCAUCAGCCUCGUUCGCUUGUGCUGCUGCCUCAGAAGGGGGUAAUGUUCUGGUCCGAGAUCGGAGGUCAGGCACAGAUCGAGCGCUCGGGCAUGGACGGCUCAGACAGGAAGGUGGUGGUCAGCCGGGGUCUCGAGCGGCCGGUCAGCGUGACGGUGGACACACUGACUGACAGACUAUACUGGACUGACGAGAAGCUCCGGUGUAUAGGAUCCGCGACGCUGGAUGGAGAAAACAUAAGGUUGCUACAGCUGUCUGAGAUGCCUAGUCCCUUCUCUGUGGCGGUGUUUAAUGACAUGGUCUACUGGUCCGACACGAACAGACGAUCCGUUCAAGGGGCCAAUAAACUGACUGGCAAGAACCGGCAAGUUCUUCUCAAGAGACCCGGCCAGCCCUUCGACCUCAAAGUUGUGCACGCGCUCUUGCAGCCCAAUGUGUCCGGCCCGUGUGAGAAGCUCGGGUGCUCUCACGUGUGUUUGCUGGCUCCGGGGCUCAGAGCGGUGUGUCGCUGCCCCGUGGGGCUUCUCUUAGCCUCGGACGGAUUCAGCUGCACCCCACCUGUCGAUUCCUCCUCUCCUUUCCUUCUGUUACUGUCUCCUACCGUGAUUACACAGGUCUUCACUAAGGGACUGGAGACAGAGGUUGGGAUGAAGACGUGGCCGGAGCACCGUGCUCUGACUCUGCCGGCCGUGAAUGAAGCUUCAGACUUCGAUCUGCUCCUCGAGGACCGCACCGUCUCUGUAGCUGACGCCGGACGAGGAUCUGUAGCUCAGCUCAAACUCAGCAGCUCUGGGUUCACACCCAUCGGUCACGUGCUUCAGCUCAAAGGGGACCUGGUGACCGCUCUGGCUGUGGACUGGGUCACCCGAAACCUCUACUGGAGCAGCGUCAAGAGCCCCCAGCUGUACGUCACGUCCCCCGGAGGGAAAUACACCAGCCUGGUGCUGCAAGCUGAGCUGGAGGGAAGGGUCUCCAUCGCCCUGCACCCUCCCACGGGCCGCCUGUGCUUCACCGCAGUGGGACGGAGGGGACCCCAAUCUCUGCCCCAGCUGGACUGCGCUCACAUGGACGGGAACAAUCGCACGCUGCUGUGGAGCAAAGCAAAGAUGCCGGUUUCACUCGCCUUUUCUGAGAAAGGAACUACACUGUAUUGGGCAGAUAUUGGAAAUGAUCUGAUCGGCUCUAUUAAUAUGGAUGGCUCUGAUUAUAAGGUGUUCCUCACCGGGUCUGCCUUCAUGGUGUCUUUAGCCUGUGUUGAGAACAUCUUCUUCUGGGUCACACUGGACAACGGUUCAGCUGCAGUGUGGUACACGGACGGUUUCCAGCCCAAACACAUGUGGUUUGAGGUGAAGACAAACAUCAUAGAUCUGAAGGCUUACAGCAGCUCCAGUCAGAAAGGAACCAAUCUCUGUUCUGAACACAACGGGGGCUGCAGUCACCUGUGUCUGCCGUAUCCAGGUGGACGCUCCUGUCGCUGUGCGCAGAACUACCUCUCCGUCAACAAAACCAAAUGUGUUUCCAGCCUCCAGUGUCCCGCGGGCAGUAAAGCGUGCAGAGACGGCCUCUCGUGCAUCCCUGUGGCCCAGAUCUGUGACCAGAUCCCAGACUGCCAGGACGGCUCGGAUGAGGAGUGUGUCAAAUCUGAUACUCGGCGUCUGCCUGCUCUGGGCUCUGCGGUCGAGGUCUCGUCGUGUGAGGCGGAGCGCUGCAGCGGUCACGGGACGUGUGUGAGUGUGGAGGGAGAGCCGGUGUGUGAGUGUGAGGAGGGGUACAGCGGGGAUCUGUGUCAGGACACCGCCUCCAGCAGCACUGCGCUCGCCCUCACACUCACCUUUCUCUUCGGAGGUGCUCUGAUGGCCGCAGUCAUCCUCAAGAGGAGCAGGGCAAAAGCAGCGAGGGAAGAGGCUACAGAAAAAGAGACGCUUGUGACUGAUGAAGACGAGCACAUAAACUACUCCCAAAACUUUGCUAAUGAGUUGUACGUUCCUGAAGAGGCUCCGAUCGCUCCAGCUCUCACCACGCCUGUUGUCAGCUAAUCAUUUUUUGUGUGUCUAAUAAAACACUUUCUUCUGCAAGAAA